AUGGAUACCACGCCGUCGCACCGGCUUCAACAAGUUUACGUCCCUCGCAACGGCAAGAGCUACAAAUCAAUUGCAUCUUUCAACGUGAAGAGUUCCAUAUUUGCGCGAGACCAGGAGACUGCCAAGUCGAGCCUUGAGCGCCUGUGUCCAGCCGAAAAAUGGGGCAAAAACUCUCAUACUGCCUACUGUCCAUUGCCAAUUCUUGUCACCCGCCAGCAUGAAAAACAGAUUUCCGAUCUUCAUGAAGCAUUGGUCUUGGCCAUCGUUGAUAUUGUCCAGCGUUGGUGGCAGGAUCCUGUCGCGCGUUUCCCCGAGCGCAUGCCAUUAUUGUCGAAGGAAGAAGAUCUCCUGCGAUGGAUAGACAGUCAGGAUUCUGGGACUCUUGCUCCUUUCCGGGAGCGCCUAGGGUCGUGGCGACCGGACUUCCUUCUAGAACAGGAGAGCGGCGAAGAAACCUCCACCACUGUAGAGAGCGUCCGAGUCAGCGAAAUCAACGCACGGUUUUCAUUUAACGGUUUUAUGUUUGCUGCACACGGAUCUCAGGCAUUGCGGGAUAUCGGCGUUGCCAAAGAGAAUAACGGCGUGGUGUGCGCCACCGAACCGGACAAGAUCCUAGGAGGACUAUUGCGCCUUUUCCGGCAUGAUCAUCCCCUGUACCUUCUCAAAGGCGAGGAGCCCGGUAUGGAUAUUCACACAUUUGUCGAAUACCUUCAGCAGAAUCUGGGAAUCACCCCUCGUUUUAUUACGCCCUCAGAGCUACGGCUAUUACCCGAUGCAGAGCGGGAGGGAGAGUAUAAACUGUGCUGCAUAGUAAAAACCAUCGAUAACUCGGCUUUGCAAACCUCGAAGCUGACUAACAGUAUCGGAGAGCGUCUGCAAGAGAUACAUCAGGUAGGCUUGGAGCUUCAUCAGCGGGAGCUUCUGGCACUGGAGCCAGAGAUGUUACGCCAACUCAGCCUUCGAUGUUUCAACGAUAUGCGUACCAUCUUGCUUGUUCAUGAUAAACGGAUGCUCGGUAUUAUCAAGCAGGAACUCGGGCCUUUGACUGAGCGAGGGGUAUUGACACCAGCCCAAGCCGAAAUUCUGGAUAAGGGAAUUGCAGACACAAUCCUCCCGGGAUCAACGGAACUAGGUUGGUUGCUCCGAUCGUCCAGAGAAUGCCCUGAUCUCAAAGCCGAAUAUAUCCUGAAACCAAUACGGAGCGGCAAGGGAAAUGGGAUUAUUUUUGGCGAAGAUCUCACCUCGGCUGCGUGGGUGUCUGAGUUGGAGAACUUGCGAUGCCCGGAACUGGACAGCAAACGCCUCUACGUCGUUCAGCGGAAAAUCAAACAGUUGCUGUAUGAUGUUGUACAUGUCCGAGAUGUAUCCAAUCAUCUUCGAGAACACGGCAUCCUUAAGGUCAAUCUUGCUUUUCCGGACGAUACAAGUCGAUAUCUACAAGAUCUGGUCUACGGUCUUCACCGAAGCCAUGGCCAUACCUUACCUAUUGCCCACAGUGCAGCUCGUGGUUGGUUCUGGGAUGUCCGGCCAAACGGUACCAUAUUCCAAAGCCACAGUCACCAGGCCCGGUCGGAGACCAUGCAGGACUUUCCGUGGCAUACCGACUGCAGCUAUGAGGAGUCUCCUCCCGGCUAUUUCGCGCUGCAGGUCCUCCAACACGACCGCCAGGGUGGCGGUACACUUUCAGUCAUGAGAGUUGACCGAUUGCUCCGUCUUCUUUCGCCAUCUACGACUGCCGCACUUCUCAAGCCACAAUUCCGGAUAGAUGUUCCUGCGGAGUUCAUAAAGUUCGAGCAUCAACGGCAUAUUGUUGGGAAUAUUUUGGCCGCGGAUGGAACGGGGCGUCCGAGCAUGCUGCGAUUCCGUGAGGAGAUCCUCGCCCCUUUGAACACAGAUGCAUCGGAGGCAUUGAGUGAGCUGAAGCAAUGCUUGACUGGAACAGAAGCAAUGACCGAGACGCUUCAUCUCACUUCAGGAUGCAUGCCUCGAGGAUCAAUACUGCUCAUGGAUAACCGGCGGUGGCUACAUGCACGGAAUGCGGUGCGUGAUCCUAUGCGUCAUUUGCGUCGGAUACGUUGGAAUGCGGUACCUUUCCCUGGCUCCUCAUAA